UCCAGAGCUUGGGGUAGGUUCCUGAAAGAUCAGUAGGGACCUGUCAGUGUUUUGGUUAAAAGGAUCAGAAAGAGAAGGACUUUAGAGGGGCUGAUGGUGCUCCUGUUACCUCUCAUCACUGUUUUAACGGUGAAGCACAGCGAUGCUCGGACUCACUCUCUGAGAUAUUUUUGCCUGGGCAUUUCGUAUCCUGGCCAUGAGAUGCCUGAAUUUAUUUCAGUUGGGUACGUGGAUUCUUACCCCAUCACCACGUAUGACAGUGUCUCUCGGCAGAAGGAGCCGCGGGCCCCGUGGAUGGCGGAGAACCUGGCGCCCGAUCACUGGGAGAGGUACACGCAGCUGCUGCAGGGCCGGCAGCAGACGUUCAAGGCGGAACUGAAGCAGCUGCAGCGUCACUACAAUCACUCAGGGCUUCACACUUAGCAGAGAAUGAUUGGCUGUGAGUUGCUGGAGGAUGGGAGCACCACAGGAUUUCUCCAAUAUGCAUAUGAUGGGCAGGAUUUCAUUAUCUUCAACAAAGAUACGCUCUCCUGGAUGGCUGUGGAUAAUGUGGCUCACAUCACCAAGCAGGCAUGGGAGGCCAAUUGGCAUGAGUUACAGUAUCAGAAGAACUGGCUGGAACAAGAAUGUGUUGCCUGGUUAAGGAGAUUUCUGGAGUACGGGAAAGAUACCCUACAAAGGACAGAACCCUCACUGGUUAGAGUCUAUCAGAAAGAAACUGUUCCAGGCAUCACAACUCUUUACUGCAGAGCUCAUGGAUUACCCCCAGAAAUUUCCAUGACAUGGAUGAAAAACGGGGAAGAAAUGGUCCAAGAAAUGGAUUAUGGAGACAUUCUUCCCAGUGGGGAUGGGACCUAUCAGACAUGGGUGUCAGUUAAGCUGGAUUCUCAGAGCAUCGACGUGUACUCGUGUCACGUGGAGCACUGCGGGGUCCACACGGUUCUUCAGGGUGCCUGGGAAUCGGAAACUAUGCUUCUGGUGCUGAAAGCCGGUGCUGGAUUCAUUGUCCCAGCCAUUGCCCUGGCUGGAGUUGGCAUUCUGGCCUGGAGAAGGAGGCCCCGAGAGCAAAAUGGAAUCAUCUACCUUCCUACACCAGCUCACGAUGGGAGAUAGCUGUUUUCCAGUUGUCUUUCCUCUAGGAAGCAUGGCCUCCUCUGUUCCUUGUGGACUCAAAUCCAGCACGCAAAGCCCUGGACCACACGCAUCACAGACAUGGACAUACCGGACAUUAUAGGAUUGAGUGUUCAGGGCAGAGAGGAACCAUGAAAUUCUGUUCCUUAGCUCCAAAAGGACUGUGAGCUAUCAAGAUCUUCUGAUGGGCUCCUUUAUCACGUUUCCUCUAGCCAUGGCUCGUCUCAUGACCCAGCACUUCCUUACAUCCCAUUUGUCAUCAGUGGUUUUCAGGUGGAUUAGAGAAUCUCAGGGCUAGGAGAAACCUUCAAUCCAGGGCUGGAAAUGUCUUCUCCAGUACCUCUGACUCGAGCACCCAGCCUCCACCUGAAUUCCACCAGUGAAGGGCCCCUCAUUACAUCAUAAAAUGGCCUUUGUCCUCUUUCAUGAGAGUGUUUACUAUAGAAGAGCUUGUGGGUACCAUGACUGUGACCUAUAGACAGGCUGGACCAUCCCAGGAGAGCAGCCAGAGAGUUUCUGCAAUGGCCUGUGAGUAGUGGGAUUUAUACCUCUCCUGGCCCAAGAGAAAGCCAAAGUGCCCUGUUCUUAUGGCAGCUCUGCCUGGUAGCUUGGCAUCUUGGAAAUAUACCUGGGCAUAUCUGUGGAGGUGCUCUCAUUCUUCCUGUCUUUAGCGGAAAAGUGAGAACAAUAAUGAUCAGGCAAUUACCUUCAGUGGAACUGAACUACACAGACUUGAACCCAAUUGAAGUCUUUUAUUUAAAACAAUUUUUUUCAAUUGCAAUCUUUUUUUUUUUUAAAGGCUGCACUCACAGCAUAUGUUAAGUUCGCAGUCCAGGGAAUGAAUCCGAGCCACAGCUGUGACCUACGCCACAGUUGAGGCAAUGCUGGAUCCUUUAACCCACUG